AUGAUAUCGUCUACAACCGCUGCUCUCUGCACAUCUCGUCUUUUGCCAACACUUCUUCUCCCCGCGUGCGCCCUCCCUGGCUUGGACCACAUUCGCUCCGCCGCAACCUCUCCCUCUGGCGACAAGCUCGUACCGUUUGGCGCCGCCAAUCUAGAGCUAGAUGCAGGGCGAGAAGACACUUGCAUGAGCCGUCCCAGUCUCCAAAAGAAAUGCACCCGUCCUGUUUCUCAUCCCUCUUCCGCAUCUGACACACCCCUCCCCCAAGAGAGCCGAGACGUGAGCUUUUCCCAAUCUCACCGACGCCUAAACCAAGACAGCCCGCCCUUGACCUGCUCGUGUGGCAAUCCUGCGCGCGUAUCCCACCACACACCAUCGGCCGUCUUCCAGACCAACCUCUACAACGGUCUGGUUCUACUCUUCCAGCAAACGCCUCGUGCAACGCGUGUCGACUGUCAUUUCCCUCCCUGCGAACGGCUCAGGUACCUGCAGAACGGCACGUCGCGCGUCUCCACCGCUCAAGAGACGACUGUCCGUCUCGCAUCGUUUUGGACCGAUUACUGCCGGACCGUUGAAAGACGCCUCCAAGCUGCACACACACGCGCAGAGAAGGCAAACGACGGCGCGUUCCUCGGCGCCCUGAGCCCGUACACCGGUGCUUGA